AUGGACUCACCUGGACGUAAGAUACACAAGCAUAACAAGAAAAUUUGGUAUGCACCAAAUAAAUUCGAGUCAUAUGGAGAAGAAGAAAUAAAGGCUGUAGAAAGCUGCUUACGAAAAGGUUGGCUGGCACCAGGUCCGAUUACUGAAGAAUUUGAACGUGAAAUAGCGAAUAUCUUCGGCAAAAACUUCGCUGUUAUGGUGAAUUCAGGUUCAUCCGGCAAUACACUGGCGUUACUCAUUGCAGGUUUGAAAUUAGGCGAUGAAAUCAUUGUACCUGCAUGUACGUUUGCUACAAAUGUUUCUCCAGUUAUUCAGCUUGGCCUCGUGCCUGUAUUCUGCGAUGUUGAACAUGGUGAAUAUGUACCGUCUGUCGCCCAGGUCAUUGAUAAAGUUAGUGCACGCACAAAAGCUCUCUUUCUUCCAAACCUUAUUGGAAGUAAACCAGAUUGGCAAGGAUUGAAAGACGAAUUAUUUAUGUUGGGUCGUCGGGAUAUUAAACUCAUCGAAGAUUCCUGUGAUACAAUCACGAACACUACAGUAACAGAUAUUACUGUUACUUCAUUUUACUCCAGUCAUAUAAUUACAGCAGGUGGCGGUGGAGGAAUGGUUAUGUGUAAUGAAAACAGUCAACGUGAUCUCGCUCUACAAUAUCGCGAUUGGGGAAGAAUGGGUACGAACACUGAAUCGUUCUCGGAACGCUUUGGUCAUUGCAUUGAUGGCAUUGAGUACGACUUCAAAUUCUUGUAUCCUAUUCUUGGGUAUAAUUUCAAGUCGACUGAAAUGAAUGCUGCAUUCGGUCUAGAACAAUUGAAAAAACUGCCAUUAUUUCUAGAGAAACGUCGGAAAAAUGUAGACCGCUUUGUGCAACAACUCAAAGAACUAGCACCUUAUGGUCUUGUACUUCCAAAAAAUCACGAAAAAAUAGAUUGGCUUGCACUACCGCUCAUGUUCCCUAAUCGCAAGGCACUCCUUCAAAAACUUGAAGACAGUGACAUACAGACACGAGUGUGUUUUGCAGGUAACAUAACUAGGCAUCCUGCCUACCGACAGUACUAUCAGGCGUUUCCAAAUGCUGAUGAAAUUAUGCAGAAGGGCUUUUUAAUCGGCGCUCAUCAUGGUAUGAAUGAACAAGAUGUUGAUUAUGUGUGUGAGGUAAUUAAGACAUACAUUUACUCAAAUCAAGUACCUAGUCAUGCUAAUCCAUAG